UUUCUUCUUUUUUCUACGUAUUUCUUCUUUUUUCAGUGUAUUUCUUUUUUUCGUGUAUUACAUGACUCGAUGUUAUAUUAUUGUUUUAAUUUCCAUGACUGGCACAGUGUGGCGCUAGUAUUCCAUUUUGAGAAGUGAUGGGACUUAAAGGCGUCUCAUAUUUUCGAAUAACAAGAUAGAUAUUAAGUAGUUCCUACUUAAGUUGUUUUCACACCAAUACGUGGCCGUGUUUUCGGUCGACAAAGAUGAAGAGAAAAUCCAACAGCUAUCGUUUGGGAGCUUUAAAAUAUGCUUUCGUCUUCGGAAUCAUUUUCCAUCCGUGUCGAACAGAAGACAUGUUUUCAGGUGGUCGUCCCAGAAUUCAGCCAUUUAGUUUUCCCGAAAAACUAACUGAAGGUGAGAAAACGAAAGCACUCUGUUCUGUGAUUCAAGGAAGAGGACCACUUAAAUUUACUUGGUAUAAAAACAAUCAAGUUCUUCAAACCUCAACGACAACAACAGUACAGAACCAUGAGGAUUAUUCUCUGUUACUUUUUAACUCACUGACUCUUGAGCACAGGGGGAACUACUCUUGCACAGUAACGAACUCGUUUGGAAGAGACUCAUACUCAUCAGAACUCGUAAUAAACGUUCCCCCUUCAGUUAUUCAAGAGCCCAAAGAUUUAACUCUUGAAGAAGGUUCUACGGCUAUAUUUUCUUGUGAUGCAACAGGAUUUCCGGAACCCUCUGUUUCCUGGAAAAAAGGAACUGAAAGUAUAACGGAUGAGAGAAUGAAGUUUUUUCCAAAUAAAACAUUUGUGGUUUCAAAUAUAAGGAAAAGUGAUGAGGGGACUUAUUCUUGUACUAUUAGUAAUAAUAUAGGUCAAGAUAUUCACAAACUAGUCUCACUCUAUGUAAUUGUUCCUGCUCGUUUCGAAGAAAAAUUCACGAUGCAGACAGUUCGAAGAGGGGAAACAGCCACCCUUAAAUGCGAAGCUGUUGGUGAUAAACCUCUGAGCAUAACCUGGACAAAGGACAAGGCAGAAAUAGAUUUCAAGAAACACACCAGGCUUGAAAAAUUCGAUCGAGAUGUUGAGAAGGGAUUGAGUUCAGAGUUAAUCAUCAGAACAUCGGAUCGAAAUGACGGAGCUCUCUACGGAUGUAUGGCUAAAAACGAAUACGGAACCGAUGAAAGGAGCCUCAAACUAUUAGUAGUUGAGGUUCCAUCUCAACCAAUGGACGUGAAAGUAAAAGAAGUGUGGAGUCGUACCGCAAGCAUCGUUUGGUCAGCCCCUUACUCUGGAAACAGUGCCAUCACCAAAUAUAUUAUCCAGUACUGGAGAGACAGAGGUGGCCCUCACAGACUUCUUGAGGAUACUAUUCCCAGUACACAGACUACAGUACUGCUGAAGAGUUUACAGCCUGGCACACCCUACGCAGUGACGGUACUGGGAGAGAAUGAGAUCGGUCAGGGACCACCCUCCGAUGUACUCAACUUCAUCACAGGAGAAGAAGAACCGAGUGGACCACCCACCGAUGUUUGGAUCGAAGCGAAGAGUUCAAGUUCGAUUCUCGUCACCUGGAAACCUCCUCCGAGAGAAUUGUGGAACGGUGAGCUGAAGGGUUAUUUUGUUGGAUACAAGGUGGACGCCUCCUCCCACCCCUACUCUUUCAAGACAGUGGACAAUGUGGCCAAUGACAGCCAGGAAUACAUUCUCACUAAUCUCAUCAAGUCCACCAAAUACAACAUUGUGGUGAAGGCUUAUAACAGUGCCGGUACAGGACCCCCCUCACAAGACCUCGUAGCAAAGACAUUAGAUGGUGAUGUACCAGAAGCACCUGCUUUCACGGUUGUAGCAGCAUCAGAGUCAAAAAUAAGUCUCAGGUGGGGAGAUCCACCUUCCAGAAAUAUACCUGUUACUGGUUAUACCCUCCAUUACAAGAAAGAGGGAAGUGAUUGGUACCACAUCCCCAUCAUUGCAUCCAGCAGCAAGAAUAGAUUCACAAUAACGGGUCUGGAGAGUGCAACGCCUUACAAAAUAUACAUUACAGCAUCCAAUCAGUAUGGGAAUGGAGAAGCAAGUGAAACCACAACUGUCACCACUUCUGUCAAAGGUUUUGUGAUUGGCAACACUGACACCUAUGUUGACCUGUCCGUCAUUGUCCCCGUCGCAGCCUGCAUCCUGGCCUUCAUCGUGGUGACCAUCGUCGUCAUCAUCUACUACAAGAAAUCCAAAGCUCGAAAUAAUCUCGAGCGAGCCUUACAAGGUGGAAAACCUUUCCCUUACAACGCCUCUACUCAAAGGUACAUCGACAUAGACAAAACCCGUUUGCCUGCCGAGCCUGGAACUCUCGGAUCCUCCUAUGCUACUAUACCUGCAGAAGGGCUCGAGGAAGCCACACAAGAACUCAAGGCUUUCAUGCAUGGAAACAUGAAGGAUCGUCCCCUUCCUGCAAAACCCUCCUCCAUGAAAAGAAAGAAAAGUAAAGGACAUGUUUAUGACACUGCGCAGUAAAUGAAGACUCUUUUCUGAGCUUUUUUUAACGGCUUCACUAAGAAAUUGGCAGCUCUACCAAUUCAUUUUGAUCUGCACUAACUAUACUAAAAAUAUACGACUGCCACUGCCUAAUUAUUAAUGAUUAUUUUUUCAAUCCACUCUUGCAUUGAUUACUAAUGAAAGUUGCAAUUAUUUUCCGUUGAUUAACAAUCUAUGAUUUAAAGCACACUUAUUACAUAACAUAUUUUGAAAUUACAAUAAAAACAAUUAAGAAA